GUGUGCGCGUGUGCGUGCGCGCGAGCAGCCGGAGGAUUAUCUUGACUACAUGUUGAAAUUCAACACAUAAAGUGAAGAAAAAGAGGAAAUGAGUGUUUCCGCGGCGGUGUCUUCUGCUUCAGCGGGUGUGAGUGAGUAGGACCGGCGGAGGACACGCUGCCAGCAGGUACGCGAGCUUCACUUGUGAGAUGAGGGACCGAAUGUGUGAGCUGGUGACCAUCACCUCCAAUCCAGCAGAGGACCGCGGGCUCGAGGAGAACCCCGACAACACCGGCGAGGAUGAGGAUGAGGAGCUGUCCCAACAGGCCAUCGUGUUCGAGGGCGAGGACGUGAUGGACAACGUCUACAAAGAGGCCCAGGCCAUGAGGAAGGACAUGCAGCUGCUCAAGCUGGACGUGAAGCGCCUCGGGAAGCAGAACACCAGGUUCCUCACGUCCGUCCGCAGGUUCAGCAGCAUCAAACGGGACUCCAACGCGCUGGGGCGGGAGAUCAAAGCCAGGGGGGACGCCAUUUACGCUCGGCUGGAAAAGAUCAGGAAGCUGAGCAAAGAGCAGGAGGAGGAGCACGGCCCCGCAUCCGCUGUGGCCCGCAUGGCGCGCUCCCAGUGCGUGUCUCUAACCAGCGCCUUCCACGACGCCAUAUCCGAGUACAACGAGGCGGAGAUGGUCCAGAGGGAGAACUGCAAGACUCGCAUCCAGAGGCAAGCGGAGAUCAUGGGCAAGGAGGUGAGCAGGGAGCAGAUUGACGAGAUGAUCGAGACGGGCAAGUGGAACGUCUUCUCCGAUAACCUCCUCCUGGAGGGGAGGACUGCCAGGUCUGCUCUCAGUGAGAUGGAGACCCGGCACAAGGAGCUGCUGGAGCUGGAGGGCCGCAUCAGGGACAUCCAUGAGCUCUUCUCGCAGAUGGCCCAGCUGGUGGAGGAGCAGGGCUGCAUGCUGGAUAACAUAGAAGCCAACGUCGGUGCGACUCAGGACUAUGUCGUCAAGGCCACCGCUCACAUCAAGAAGGCCGUGAAGUACAAGAAGAACAAUCCGUGCAGAAAACUCUUCUGCUGUUGCUUCCCUUGCUGCAAGUGAGACUGCACCAGUGUUACUUUCUAAUUUGGCUUCAGUUUAGCUUCCUAUGCAAAGACGCCUCACAUAGAUGGUUUUAGUUUCUAGUUUGUGUAUUUAUUUAAGUGAAAUUAAGCCUUGACGUCACUGUUAAGCAGAAGUUGGGUCCACGUUUUCAGCCCAAGUUGCCAGUAGUUUGAGCUGUUCUGAGAAAAGCCCCCUAUUUCAAACCACACAACCAUACACAAAUACAAUUGUGUGUUACUUCCUGAUGGUUACUAAGAAUGUGAGCAUGAUUGCUGUAGAGACAUAUAUAGUAUAAUGAGUAACCCUCCGUCUCAUUCUUCAAUAUUCUGCUGUUUUGCUAUGUAAGAUGUUUAAGUAGUGUACAUAUGCACAGCCUGAAUGUAGCUGCGAUGUUAACGGAACCUGUCGGUAUGUCUGCUUCACACUGCAGCCAUUACUAAACAAGCCUUAGGAAACUCACAGCUACUAGUUGUGGUUAGCUGUAGAGGCGAGAUAGAUUGCGCAACGGCGUGUCGGCCAUCCCCGUGUUCUGCAUCCUCAUCAUCGGCUUUAGGUCGGGCUUUGGGUUUCUCAAGACCCGUUGCUUCACGUGAAAGACAACACUCUUUGUAAUGCCUCCACUUUUCAGACAUUAAACUGUGUCAUCUUGAA